UGAGAAACCACCCGCCGACGGCCUUGUUGGGAACCGACACCGGGCAGCAAUGCUCAAUCUCCCAACCGAAUUGUGCCGCAUCACAUGCAACUCAUCGGCUGGCGACGUGGAUUCGCUCAUUGACGGCUAACCAAAACUACACUGGUCCAGGAUGGGGGGCGAGGCCGCGAAAAACGAUUUCAAGGGAAAAGGAAAGGCUACCGCAGCGGACCAUGACGAGGCUUCCAGCCAUGGUCCGGCCGAGCCAACAGCUUCCGGCCCGUCACUUUCUCGAAUGGCGCAGUCAGCGGCGUCACUUUUGCUGUCGGGACCGCUAGGAGGAGGGCCCGACGCCGAGAAAGGGGACUCAUCGCGAGUCGGGGAAGCGCUAGUGAGGGUAGGCGAGAGCUCCGUUCGGCUGCGACCAAACGGCCCAGGCGGCGCGAGCAUGAGAACCGGGCAGGUACAGGAGCACAUUGCUCAGGAGGAGGCAUCAUUUGCCGCCUUCCUAGACAGCGGAAGCGCACCAAAGCUUUCGGAGCCAGGCGGAAUGGAAGAGGCCUGGCAGUCGGCUGUUCCUCGUGCAGCUGCGGCGCAAGUCACUAGGCCCAUGGAUUCGGUGCCACUGUCAGUUGCAGAUCAAGAGGCGAGAGACGGCGCCGAUGUCGUCGCCUUGCUGUCUCGUGACGGCGACUUUGACAGUGUAUUUGAGCAUGUCGACGAGCCCCCGUCAGCAAGCGAUUUAUCGGCGCUGCGCCAGGCGCUGUUCGGGGAUGGAGCAGAUUCCGGCAACUCGUCUCCCAUUGCGUGGGAUAACGUUCUCAACUUCAUCCCAGAGUACCUUCGGACGCCUACGAUAUCCGCACCCGGCAUCGAGCCAGACGGCCAACUUUCGGCGCACCUGGGCACCGUUGCCCCAGACGAGGCCUGGCAAACGUGGAUAAGCCAGUGGUCCCGUGUGCUGACAAGCUACCAGGACGAGGUCUGGGGCGAUUUGAGCGCGCUUGUUGACGAGGCCCGCACCGAGAUCCGGCGGAUGGAGGAGGUGAAGCCUGGGGAGAAGCCCCCCGUACCAACUGCCUUACUGAGGCUGCGGGCCAUCCUCGGUCAUCUUCGCGAGCCAUAAACAGCGGAACAAGUCAAGAUAUGCGCUGCCUUGCCGCUUCAGACUCUGUCGGCGAUGAGGCGGCGAGUGGACUCGGCGCGAGACCAGCACAGCGGCCAUUUCCAUGACGCUUGGAGUCUCAUGUUUUCCCACGUGUUUGCGUGGGAUUUUUAGGCUGG